AGAGAGAUGAUGAUGAUGAAGGAAGCUCUUAGUAGCAUAUGUGGGUGUAUCACAGAUGCGGGCAAAGAUGCAGAGUUGAAGGCAAAGGUGAUUUUGAUGAAGAAGAACGUCCUUGAUCUCAACGAUUUUCGAGCAACGAUCCUCGAUGGUUUGCAGGAUUUUCUAGGGCAAGUUGUCUCAUUCCAGCUUGUCAGUUCUACCGUUGGUGACUGGAAUAAUGAGAAUAGAGGGAUCGUAGGGGAACCAGCCUACCUAGAUCAUAGCAUAUUGACAUUGCCAACGCUGAUUGCCGGCGAGACCGAGUUCGGGUUGACCUUCAAGUACCAUGAGACCGAGGGGAUUCCAGGGGCUGUUGUUGUGAAGAAUCAUCAUCUUGAUGAGUUCUUUCUCAAGAGCAUUACCAUUGAGAAUUUCCCAGGAAAAGGUCGAAUCCAUUUCGUCUGCAACUCUUGGGUUUAUAACGUCAACAAGUAUACUUAUGAUCGGAUCUUCUUCAGUAAUGAUGUGUACCUUCCAAAAAAUACACCAGGGCCUCUGAGGCCGUACAGAGAAGAGGAGCUCGUCCACCUCCGGGGGAACGAUGUUAACCGCGAGCUACAAGAGUGGGAUCGCGUUUACAACUACGCCUACUACAAUGAUCUCGGUAACCCUGAUGAAGGCAUCAUUAGGCCGAUCCUUGGAGGCUCUACGGAGCACCCUUAUCCCCGUAGAGGAAGGACGGGACGCCCCCCCACCAGGACUGAUCCAAAGACUGAGAGCAGAUUGUCUCUUCUAGGCCUCGACAUCUAUGUACCCCGUGAUGAGCGUUUCGGACACUUGAAAAUGGCUGAUUUUCUUGGAUAUUCUCUCAAGUCUCUAGCUCUGUCCUUCGUACCAAAAUUGCGCUCUAAAUUUGAUCAUACUCCUGCUGAGUUCGACACCUUCGAUGAUGUAAUGAGGCUCUUUGAGGGUGGCUUGCCAAUCCCUCAAGUUCCUCUACUUGAGUUUCUACACGAGAAUGAUCCCUUCACCUUCAUCAAGGCGAUAUUCAGUACUACAGAUGGCCAACAAUUCAUGAAGUUCCCGUUGCCUGAUAUUGUGAAAGAUGAUAGGUAUGCUUGGAGAACGGAUGAAGAAUUUGCAAGAGAAAUGUUGGCUGGUGUGAACCCUGUCAUCAUUCAGAGACUCCAAGAAUUCCCUCCAACUAGCACACUUGAUCCUAGCAAGUAUGGAAAUCAAAUUAGCUCGAUAGCAGCAGCAGAUAUUCUCAAAAAUCUAGAAGGACAAUCUGUUGAAGAGGCACUGAGCAACAAUAGGCUUUACAUAUUGGAUCACCACGAUGGGCUAAUGCCGUACAUGAACAGAAUCAACUCAACAACCAACAAGAUCUAUGCGACAAGAACGCUGCUCUUAUUGAAAGACGACAGUACUCUGAAGCCGCUAGCAAUCGAGCUCAGCUUGCCGAACCCUGACGGAGAGCAUCUCGGUGCAGUGAGCAAAGUCUUGACGCCGUCCGAACAAGGUGUCGAAGGGAUCAUGUGGCAGUUGGCCAAAGCUUAUGUUGCUGUGAAUGACUAUGGCAUUCACCAGCUCGUCAGCCACUGGCUUAGAACACAUGCAGUGACCGAGCCGUUUGUAAUCGCGACGAACAGGCGCCUAAGCGCGCUUCAUCCGAUCAACAAGCUUUUGGUGCCUCAUUUUCGUGAUACGAUGAACAUAAAUGCGUACGCUCGCCAGGGACUCAUCAAUGGUGGUGGCAUCCUUGAAUCCAUUGUGUUCCCAAACAAAUAUGCGAUGGAAAUGUCUUCUUUCAUCUACAAGAGCUGGAAUUUCACUGAGCAAGCUCUCCCUGUUGAUCUCCUAAAGAGAGGAGUCGCAGUUGAGGACCCAACCGGUCCACAAAACCUCCGCCUCCUAAUACCCGACUACCCCUACGCGGUCGACGGCAUCGAAAUCUGGUCGGCAAUCGAAACAUGGGUCGCAGACUACAUCUCCAUCUACUACCCCAACGACUCCGCCGUCCAAUCCGACGUCGAGCUCCAGUCCUGGUGGACCGAAAUAGUCCAGGUCGGCCACGGCGACCACAAGGACGAGCCCUGGUGGCCCAGAAUGCAAACGGUCGGCGACCUCAAAAAAUCCUGCACCAUCAUAAUCUGGGUCGCCUCGGCCCUCCACGCCGCGGUCAACUUCGGCCAGUACGCGUACACCGCCUACGUGCCAAAUCGACCAACUAUCAGCCGCACAGCCGACUACGACAAUUUGCUGGCCAAGCCGGAGAAGGCGUUUUUGGACACCAUAACUAACGAGCUGGACAGCAUCGUAGGGAUAUCGCUUAUGGAGAUACUGUCGAUGCACGCGUCGGACGAGAUAUACUUAGGUCAACGGGCUUCGCCCGAGUGGACGAAGGACGAGAAGGCGCUGGGUGCUUUCAGGCGGUUCGCUGAGAAAUUGCGCGGCGUUGAGAGGAGGAUAGACGAGAGGAACAAGGAUAGGGGGUUGAAGAACAGGACCGGGCCUGUGAACGUGCCGUACACUUUGCUGUUCCCCACGAGCACUGAGGGGGUCACAGGGAGGGGGAUACCUAACAGUGUUUCCAUUUGAGAUAUAUGAUGGUUAGGGUUGGAAUAAUUAAGGGCCUGUUUGGAUUCGUAGGGGGUGAAGGGAAGUUAAGGAAAACUGAGUGAAGGGAAGGGAAGGGAAAGGAAGGGCCCCUUGGUUAC